AUGGUUCCUGAUAAAGGAAUAACUGAAGAGCUAUUCUGUGUGGAUUUGAUAUAUGUUAUUUGGAUCUUCUUGUUGGAUGACAUUCAGUUACUGAAGGAGCUGAAAAUUAAUCACUAUACUCUUAUUUCAUGGCCUCAGAUUAUGCCCACUGGCCUAACAAUUUUAUCUUUGCAGUCAGAACAAGUGAAUGAAAAGGGAAUACAGUUCUACGAUGAUACAAUUAACAGUCUUUUGGAAAACAGUACUAUCCCUACUGUGAGCCUCUACCACUGGAAUCUUCCACAGGUUCUUGAAGAAAAGUAUGGUGGCUGCCAAAAAAGCAUAAUUUAUUAUUUUAAUGAUUAUGCAAAUCUAUGUUUUGAGAAGUUUAGUGAUCAUGUGAAACAUCAGAUUACUUUUAGUAAUCCUUGGGCAGUUGCUGAAAAGGGUUAUGAAACAGGAGAACAUGCAGCAGGACUGAAGCUGGGUGGAUGUGGAGCAUACAAAGCCAUGCAUCAUAUAAUUAAACUUUUUUACUUACAUACUCACACAUCAGUGUGGCACUCUUAUAAUCCCACAUGGUGUAGUGAACAGCAAGGUAUGGCUGGAAUUUCCUUAACUAGCAGCUGAGGUAAACCUCUGUGGAUCAAUGAUCCACAUAUCCAAACAGAUACAAAAGCUGCUGAAAGAUAUAUACAGUUUCAUUUGGGAGGGUUUGCAAAUCCAAUUUUCAAAGGAGACUAUCUAGAAGUUAUGGAGAAUUACGUAGGCAAAAAGAGUGCCUAGAAGGGCCAAAGUACCUCAAGAUUACCAACUUUCUCAGUGCAAGAGAAAAGUUAUAUUAAAGGCACAUUGGAUUUCCUGGGCGUAGGUCAUUUUACUACUUGUUACAUUAUACAGAAGAGCCUUCCCUCUCUAAACACGUCCAGCUACAACAUGGACUCUGAUUUGGCAGAACUGGAAGACCAAUGGCCAGCACCAGGAUCUGAAUGGUUAUACUGUGUGCCUUGGGAAUUCAGAAUAUUAUUCAACUUCAUUAAGACACAGGAUGGGAAUCCUCUCAUUUAUGUGACAGAGAAUGGAGUUUCUGAAAAGGUAUAGUGUACUCAACUGCAUGAUGUAGAAUAUCUAAAAGGAUAUAUUAAUGAAAUACUGAAAGAUCCCUUGAUGACUCACAUGGAAAUGGUGAUAGAGAUUGUCGUUCCCACAGUUUUCACAUUCUGCAUACUUAUCAGUGCUGUCCUACUAAUGUUUGUCCUUUGA